GAAUGAUGGGUUUGAAGCCGAUGUAGAGCACACCUAUGCGUCUGAUUAUGAAAAUGAAACCCAUGAAUUUGUGUCUGAGGAGAGUGAUUCUGAUUUUGAACCACGAUUGAGAAAAAAAAGACUCGUGUAUGAUCCGAAGUGUGACCAUAGCAAACUUGAAAUUGUCAUAGGAAUGCACUUUCAGGAUGGUUUUCAGUGUAGAGAGGCUUUAACCACUUGGGCAGUUGAAAAUGGUAGGUACAUUCGGUUUAGGGCUGUUUCUAAGAAGAAACUUUUAGCAAAGUGUACUCCUCUUUGCCCUUGGAAAGUGUUUGCAAGUGCUCUGCAGGGUAAUGGUAACUUCUUUAUAAAAAGUUAUGCGGGUGACCAUAACUGUGCUAAGGCAAUGAGUAAUAAAUUGUUAAGCUCACAGUGGGUUGCAAAACGUUACCUCAAUGUCUAUAGAGUCAGGUACAAUUUAGGGGUGAAAGAUCUUGGGGCAGAUAUUCUAGAGAGGUUCAAGGUGAGAGUACCCAAAGAUAGGCUUUACAAGGCUAGAAGACUUGCACAAGAAAUGGUGAGAGGUUCCAUAGAGCAACAUUAUGGUUCUUUGAGAAACUAUAUUGCGGACUUGAGAAGGGUUGAUGGUGAGGGGCACUAUGAGCUUCUUCUUGAAGCAGAUAGUGUAUUCAAAGCACUAUAUAUGGGUUUGAGUGCCUUGAGAAAAUGAUUCAAGAAGAGUUGCCGGCCUGUCAUAGGCAUAGAUGGAUGUUUUUUGAAAACAUACCUCGACGGUCAUCUCCUUUGUGCAACAGGCAAGGAUGGAAACAAUGAUAUGUUUCCAAUUGCCUGGGCCGUAGUUGAGGCUGAGAAUGAAGUUUGCUGGACUUGGUUUUUGAAGUGUCUUCUUGAGGAUUUAGAUAUUGGAGAUGGCAGUGGGUGGACCUUCAUUAGUGAUCAACAGAAGGGAUUGGCAAAUGCCGUUGCUGCUUUGGCUCCAAAAGCUGAGCACAGGAACUGCGCCCGACAUGUAUACAUGAAUUGGAAGAAGGAACACAAGGGCCAGACACUGAAGAAUCUGUUCUUUAGGGCUGUGUAUGCAACGCAUGAAGCGGAGUUCAAAGUAGCAGUUCUUGAGUUGAAGCAAGAGAGUGCCGCGGCGCAUGAAGAUUUCAUGUCAAGGGACAUCAAGAAAUUCUAUGUGGCCUGAAGUCGAGGGUGCCGUUGUUAAACCACCACCAAAAACAAGAAUGCCUGGACGUCCCAAGAAGAAAAGGGUUCGGGCACCUCAAGAGAAUGAUGGAAGGAUGACCAAACAUGGACUAGCAAUCAAGUGUAGCAACUGCAAGCAGACAGGGCAUAACAAAAGGAAAUGUAUUGCUGCAGCCAUCGAAAACCCCAACCCUAACAAGCGGAAGAGAGGAAGGCCUUCCAAAGAUGGUGCACCUCGAAAAGGAAGCAAAGAAAAGCAAGGCAACAACCCAAGUGAAGCUACUUCCACAAGUAAGCAGACUGCAACUGACCCACAAUCUCAGACGAAAAUAAAAAGUGGAUCAACUCAAUACAAGGGUAGAGGGGCAGCUCUUAAAGGGAUUGGUGUUUACGUCAACGAGCCCACUGGAAAUACCUUCUACCAUGGUUCGAGCUCAUCAAAGAAAGUGAUGUUGUUUCAAAAGUACAAGAAACCAAGAAUUUCCAAGAACAAAGAAAGUGGGAAUACCUCGACUGCCCAGAAUAGUGUUGUCACUGGAGUUGAAACAACACAAGAAAGUAGGAAUGAAGAAGCCUCAACCCAAGAACUGUGAAUGAAAAUGCAACUUUUUGUAUAUUUUGCAAACUCAAGGAAAUGGUGAACAUGUUGAAUCGUUGUUAUUGUGAACCAGAAUUAGCUUUAAAUAGCUAAGUGUUGAACCUUUUUUUUGUAAGUUAACUUGUUCAUCUC